AUGCACUGGUCAAUGAACACACUGCCAAUGCCUCCAUAUGUUGAGCUGGGUGUCCAUUCGCUCAGUGGCCUUCUGUGGACUUUUCUGCUACUCUUUCUGUGGCACUGUUAUCGGAUGGGCUCCGACCUGCCAAUCCCAGGUCACGCACACGCUGGAAAGCUCAAGUCAGGCUCAAGGCGGUCCAUGAUGUCCCGUGGCGGUAGCUGUGCUGGAACAAAGUGUAGUGCACGAUCCAAGCUGUCGAGAAGUGAUCAGAUUACUCCCUUUAUUUCCAUGGAAACAGAGGAGGAUGAGGAACAGGGACAGGGCUACCUCACCCCGGUGCUGAGUCAUGCCUUGUUCCCAGCCCAGGCAUCUGCAGAAGGCAAGAAACUGUAUGCAGCACUGCAAGAGUAUGCCAAGCGCUACAGUUGGGUGGGCAUGGGCCGCAUUCAUAAGGGCCUCCGUGAGCAGGUCAGAUUGAACGAUCUCUCUGCCAUUCAGAAGCCUCAUCUCUUCUUCUUGCCAGAUGUCCCAAGUGUUCCUUUCUUCCCACGAGAUGCUCAUCGACAUGACAUUGAGGUCUUGGAAGCCAACUACUCUGUAAUCUUGGCUGAAUUCAAGGCUGUAUACCAGAGAGGCAUCGACUCAAAACUAGGCUGGACCAGUCUGGGACCAAAGGGCCAGGCGGUGUUUCCUUUGUACAGUGCAGGUCUCUCUGUGGCAGGAAACUGUCGCUCCUGUCCCUGCACCUACCGGACACUCCUCUCUCUACGUACAUUCAUAAGCAGCAACUCAUUGGGAUCUGCUGGAUUUUGGCUGUUGGGGCCUGGAGCUACACUGGGGAGCUCAUAUGGACCCACUAAUACACGCCUACGUUGUCACCUUGGUCUGCAGACUCCACCCCUGUGUGAGCUGGUGGUGGGAGGGGAGCCUCAAUGCUGGUCAGAAGGACACUGCCUCCUGGUUGAUGACUCAUUCCUCCACACUGUCUCCCACAAGGGGCCUCCAGAUGCUGGGCCCCGAGUCAUUUUGAGUGUGGACCUCUGGCAUCCAAAUGUGGCUGCGGCAGAGAGACAAGCUUUGGACUUCAUGUUCAGCCCUGACCUCUGA